CUUAUGGAUUCACCUCUGAAUAUGUGUUUUGUGGUUAAUGUGUAACAUGCAGAGCAGACUUGCACUUUGUUUCGACAAAUAAUACAUGGAGAUUUCAGGUACAAUCUUGGCCAAGCUGAAAGGUUCAAAUGACGGUGGUACACAAAAUGAAGAUGGCCCGUUUUUUCUUUGUGGCCUUCUUGUGUUUUCUGACUCCUCUCCACCAAGCAGAAUCUAGCGGGAACACCAUCUCAGAUCUCACCUUCAAAAAUAUGGACUUUGCCAUGAACCUGUACAGAAAGAUAUCCAGUUACCAUGACAAGAACAUCUUUUUCUCGCCUCUGAGCAUCUCUACCAGUUUUGCUUCUCUACUAAUGGCUUCUGACGGUGUCACACACAAGCAAAUCCUGAGGGUACUUAAACUGGAGUCGCUGGAGAGGGCUGACCAGCCAGACCUUAUCCCUAAGUUGUUUCAACUCCUUCAUGAGAACGUCACACGAAAUGGAUCGCUGAAAUUGGACCAAAGCAUGGCUCUCUUUAUGCACCCACAAUUUGUCGUAGAGAGGGAGUUUGAAGAAAAAGUUAAUAAGUUUUUUAAUGCAGACAUCAAAACUGUUAACUUUGCAGACACUUCAGAGAGUAUCGGUGUCAUCAAUGAUUACAUUAGGGGCAAGACUCAGGGGAAGGUUACAGAGAUGAUUUCUGCCCUGGACGAACAGACCAAACUCCUGUUAAUUAACACAAUUUUCUUUCAAGGAGCCUGGCAGAUGCCUUUCAAUGGCAAUUUGACUCGAAAUGCACCCUUCUACAUUGAUAACUAUAAUACAGUGCAGGUGCCUAUGAUGCUUAAAGAAGACAAGUUCUACACUGCGGAAGAUGCUUCUCUGGGUGCCAGAGUUUUGAAACUGCCAUACUACGAGGGCGUUUCCAUGCUUAUCCUGCUGCCCAACACAGGCAUGGACUACACGAUGGUAGAUGAUGAGAUUACUGCAGAGAGGUUUCAGAGCUGGAUCACAAAGCUGAGAAAAAUCAAAGUGGAAGUGAACAUGCCCAAAUUCAACAUGGAGCAGUCCUAUUCCCUGCAUAAUCUUCUACCUGGUAUGGGCAUGACCAGUGCCUUUAGCAAUUUGGCCAAUUUGACAAAGCUCAGCCAGGACAAAGGGCUCAAAUUGUCAGAGGUGCUGCACAAGGCUGUGAUUGAGGUGGAUGAGACUGGAACAACUGCAGCAGCUGCCACAACAAUUGGUAUUAUUCCAUACUCCCUACCAAGGACCUUCAAUGUAAACAGACCAUUUUUCUUCUUCAUAUACCAUGAAGAUACAAACUGUCUGCUGUUCAUGGGGAGGGUGAUUGACCCCACCACAAAAUAGUUUUGCUACUGUAAUGUGUUAGUUCUUAAACAGCUUCUACACAGCUAAUUUGGUGGAUGUUUUUAAAUUCCAGCAAGGUUUAAGCCUGUUUUGGUCUGUUCUGUGAAAGCCAACCUACAGCAUGCAUCACCAGAGUAUUCUAGACUCACCAAUAAUAAUAAUAAAGUCUUCACCUGCAUCACAAA